CACAUUAAAAAUCGUGGCUACUCUCUUUAUGGACACCUUUUUUGAAGCUUCUUUCGCUGAUCAUUUCUGGAUUUCUUUCUACUGCUUUUUCCUACUUCUGAAAUCAAUGAGAACACAUAUAUUUGUGAUUUAUGCACUUCUUAUCUUUUUCUCAAGAUUUUGCAUUAAUUUACUUUGUAUUUCCUUUCCAGGAGCCAGUUGUUUUGACAGAUACAAAUUUGGUUUAUCCUGCCCUAAAAUGGGACCUGGAAUACCUUCAGGAGAACAUUGGGAAUGGGGACUUCUCGGUUUACAGGGCAAGCACCCACAAGUUUUUAUAUUAUGAUGAAAAAAAAAUGGCAAAUGUUAAGAACUUCAAACCAAAAUCAAGCAGGGAAGAGAUGAAAUUCAGUAAUUUUGUUGAGCAGCUCCAAGAAAUCCAGCAGGAGGGUAGUGGAGAAAGGUUGUAUCUGCAGCAGACCCUAAAUGAUACAGUUGGGAGGAAAAUUGUAGUGGACUUUUUGGGCUUUAAUUGGAAUUGGAUUAACAGGCAGCAGACAAAGCGAGGCUGGGGUCAAUUGACAUCCAACCUGCUACUCAUUGGCAUGGAAGGGAAUGUGACUCCAGCGCAUUACGAUGAGCAGCAGAAUUUCUUUGCUCAGAUUAAGGGAUACAAGCGGUGUAUCCUGUUCUCCCCUGACCAGUUUGAGUGCCUGUAUCCUUUUCCUGUGCACCAUCCAUGUGACCGGCAGAGCCAGGUUGACUUUGACAACCCUGACUAUGAGAGGUUUCCAAAUUUCCAAAAUGUAGUUGGAUAUGAGACUGUGGUGGGCCCAGGCGAUGUGCUUUAUAUUCCUAUGUACUGGUGGCAUCAUAUUGAGUCUUUGCUGAAUGGGGGAACUACCAUAACUGUGAACUUUUGGUACAAGGGUGCUCCAACCCCCAAAAGGAUUGAGUAUCCCCUAAAGGCUCAUCAGAAAGUGGCUAUAAUGAGGAACAUAGAGAAAAUGCUGGGUGAAGCCCUUGGAAACCCACAAGAGGUGGGUCCUUUGUUGAAUAUGAUGAUUAAGGGGCGAUACGACUAAUCCUUGGCCACUGCAGUGAUUGAUGUUGGAGCUGCUUCUUCACAGAUAUGUGGAAGAUACUGAGCGUUAGUAUUGCACAUGGCACUUAAAGACUGAAGGGCUUCUGGCCCAACUCUUCUCCACUCCUCAACAAUAUAGAGAAUGACUGGCACCAUAAAACCUUCAAUUCAUGCCUCUUUCAACCGCUGAACCAUUCAGAAUGCAUGCUUACUAAACAAAAACCCACCACCAAUAACCCUUGAGUUCUCUGGCUGAUAGGUUGCAGAGCUUCACAUAUGGUACCUGAUGGAUGUUUCAAAUAUGGCAAAAUAUAUUUGAGGGAGUACUGUUCAGGCUGAUAUUACCAUCUCUUGGGUUUAUCCUCUUGGGUUCAGGAUAUAUGAAUGGUGUGGAAUCCUAAAUGCCUGAUUCCCUCCUCCAGUGGGAUCUAGAGUCUGUCAAAGUGAGAGGGAGCCAUAGGCCAUAUAAUACUCUGGCAGUUUUGGGGGCAGUUAAUACAUGCAUAAUGGCAUCUGUGUAGUUGCCUGUGUGAGAGAAGUAGCUAGAAAAGACAUUUUGAUCUUCCCUUUGCCCUCCAGCAUUCGAAAACUUCCUGGAGAACUUCCACCUCAAAAGUUGUCUCAUUUCUUAAGGUUUAAUAUCCAUAUUUUGUUAAAGACAGCCUCCUAACUGAUGGCACAACUUCAUAAUUUAAAGCACAUUUAUGGUUAAAAGAGGAUGAAAGGAAGCCAGUGAUGGAAACAAUAAAGUCUUCAGGUUUACUGUGUCAAAUUAACAUAUAAAUCUGUGUUGGACAGGGGAGGGCUGCCUUCUGCUAGAAGACAAGGCCAAGGGCCCCAACUCCUCUUUUCUGCACUCAGGAUAUCAGUUCCUUGGACAAGCCACAAUAAAACUAGGGUGUUGUGUGUUUCUCUCUCUUCCCUUACCCCACAUGAAAAUGUUAAUUUCAUUGUAUCCUCAGCCUUCUGCAUGCUACAUUUUGGCGAUGAAUAGAUAAAGGAGUACAGCAUAGUUGCAGUAACAUUCUUUGCAGUAGCUUUUUUGGGUAUGUCAUGGUCUGUAGUCUUCAUUUCAUGCAGUUUUCUUCUGAGUGGAGAGAAAUGUGAACGUGGGUGUCACUGGUGAUCUUUCAGUAUGACUGCUGAAUUUAAAUACCAGAUGACUAAGUUGCUUUCUUGAUCAUAACAUCUGUUGCUUGUCCCUAAGCCAUACAGGCACUUUCCUGUGAAAUUAAGAGUUUUGAAGAGGCGUUAUUGAAGAAGCUCUACUAGUCCCACUAAAAAAUUGAUCAUGACCAGCUUGCUGAGACAACACUAAGCGUGUAUGUUCUCUUCCUGGGACAGACUACUUCUACAGUUUACUGUGAAUUCUGUAUACAGUAGCUGAGGAAGAAAGGAAGGUGGAUUGUUCUAGAUUCCAUUGGGCCAAGUAAGUGUCUUUAAAGGGAAUCUGAAGAGCCAUGCAGCAUUGUUACUAGCUAUGCCUACUGCUUGAUGUAGUUUUACAAGCCAUACUGAAACAGUGGAAGACCAGUGUUCUUGAUGGUGAUACAGAUCAGGAAUGGGUUGGCUUCUGAAGAGCAAGUCUGGACUUGGUGAAUAAUAUGAAUGAAUACAUUCUGUUUUUGACUGAAGGCUGAAGAAAUUCCCAUUCUUAAUGGAAUGUGCAACCAUUUUGGUAAGAAUGUCACCGAAGACUUGAGCAGUUUAUGGAAUUUUGCUGUUGCAUAGUGCCUAUGCAGAAAGGGGUAGGUACUUCAUUGGAAGGGAUGGGACUUAAAUGCAAACUUCAGAUCUCUCUCUCUUUUUUUCUUUUUGCCAAAGGUGUAACUUUUGAAAGCUUCAUGAAGUUGGGUGUUUUGUUUUGUUGUUUUUUAAAAAUUGCUGCACUCCACAGGCGUGAGAGCUCCGUUUACAAUGCACUGAUGGACUGAUUUAGUUACUGUCUCUGUUCUUUUUAAUCCUGUUGUGCUUUUGAUGCCCUGUUAUGGUAUUGGGGAAAGCUGCGUGUUUUUAUGUAUGUGUUUUGUGAUGUGUGAGAAUAAGUGGGAAAGGCAUAAUAGUUUCUGAAGUGCAGUUCUUAAAACACAACCAUUGAUGAAUAAUGGUAUUACGGGCUUUUGAUUGUUUUACAUAAUGUAUAUUUCUCCUGUUUAGGAGAGAACUUUGUCAGUGCUGCAGGAGAGGAAAUCUUUAUGAAACCUCUUACAGAAGUCUGCUUAAUUUUGCUCAGACUCUCUAGUGUUACCAGAAUCCCAUGUUUGUAUAUAUAUAUGGACUUACAAUUUUAGCUUACACAGUCAUUUCAUAGGAGGUUCACUGCUUAUGACCUCUUGGAAUACAAAAAUUGUCUCCUUUGUCACAUGUUGUGGUUCAUUCUUUUUGUAAUAAA